CCUCUAUCGAUCAUACGAACAUCGUGACCCCGAGGCACCGCAGCGGUUCACCACCGACCAGCCCCCGCGAUCGUCGCCUCAAUUGCCGAGUCGCAGACUGCGGCCCUCGCGGGGCCCUCUGUCCAUCCGCCAUGCUGGCGUCGCGCCUGAGCCGGCUCGGUUGCGGCUCCCUCUCUGGCGCCGCUCGCCUUCCUCGACACGCGACAGCCGCCAUCCUCUCCUCCCGACCCCGCGCCGUCCUCGUCCUCGCCACACGACCGUUGUCCGAUACGCCUCGCCGGAGGCAGCAGUCGCAAGACCCGCACGAGCGCCUCCGCGCGGCCCGGCCUCUUGUCCCGCACGCUCUGUCGCAGCGCUUCACGCAAGCCGGCCGGACGCGCAACUCAAAGGCCUUUGCCGCGGUGUGCGUUGUUGCGGCCGUGGCCUUUUACCUCUACAAUUCGCAGACGGUGCCCGUGACGGGCCGACGGCGCUUCAACUUCCUCUCGGACAAGCUGGUGGCCAAGGCAACCGCGCGGUCAGCAGAUGCUGUCAUCUGGCAGGUGCAGAACCAGGGAGGCCACUUUCUGUCGGACUGGGACCCGCGGGCGAUGCUGGUGAAGCGCGUCAUGAAGCGGCUGAUUCCCGUUAGCGGGAUGACGGACCUGGACUGGGAGAUUCACGUCAUCGCAGACAAUCGAACGGCCAAUGCCUUUGUCCUCCCGGGGGGCAAAGUUUUCGUGCAUAGCGGGAUCCUCAACGUCUGCCGCAACGAGGACGCGCUGGCGGCGGUGCUCGGGCACGAGAUUGCGCACAACACGGCGUCGCACGCGGCGGAGCGGCUGUCGGCGGCGUGGGUGGGCAACCUGACGGCGGGGAGCCUCUUCUUUCUGGCCGGGGCGCUGCCGGGGCUGGCUCUCUUCAGCCUGUGGAGCUUCGUGGGCGGCUUCUACCUGCAAGACCUGCUCUUCUACCUGCCCAUGGGGCGCAAGCAGGAGAGCGAGGCCGACUAUAUUGGGCUCAUGAUGAUGGCGGAGGCGUGCUAUGACCCCCGCGCGGCGUUGGGGUUCUGGCAGCGGAUGGAGGCGAUCCAACGGUCGGGCGGGCAAGAGGUGCCCGAAAUGCUGAGCACACACCCGUCGAACCAGCACAGAAUCAACAAGAUUCAGGAGUGGCUGCCCGAGGCGAUGAAGAAGCGCGGCGAGAGCGACUGCAGGGGCACGGCGGCGUUUGCGGACCGGUUCAGGUUGGCGUUGCGGAGGGGGAAGCCGGUGGACGCGGUGGUGGUGCAGUUGUGACGAUGAGAACAGCUGGAUGAAGGAAGGGGUCGGUUGCUGCAAUGACAUGCAUAUACUGUACAGUGCGCAAGACAGCACAGCCUAGACGGGCAGGGCUGUAGCUGAAGGUCUUCACGUCACUCCAAUAUUAGACUGGUCGAUGAGACCCUUUCUGUCCAUGC